AUGUCGCCGUCUUCUCGCGAAGGCGGCCCUCACCCCGUCGUCCCCCUGGGAGGCGGGCCUUCUUCGCCUGCGUCCCCUCCCCAAAAGGGAGACGAAGAGCUUGGAACUCAAAGACAAGCUUCGUUUCGAUCGAGUCGUGGCACGGCAGCAUUCGAAAGCGCCGCCGCAGCCAUGGCAGGCUCAUUUAGCCUCCCUCUCGGUCCCGAAGCUGGGGUCUGUCGUACCCCCCUUCUCGCUUCCCUUUCUUCUCCCCUGGAGUCUGAGACGGGGCCUUGCAGUCAACCAAAUGCCCGCGACGUCUGGCCGUCCCUGUGUUUUGCUCACUCGUCGGCUGCUCGUCAUGCGACAGAGAGAUUGGUUGGCGAUGCGCCGAGAUCGCGCACGGAGUGUGUCCCGCCUUCUCUGCUCUUCCACCACUCAACAGCCAGCUUCGCCCACAGAGCGUCUCCUUCUUUGUGCCCUCCGGGCCACGAUGCGUCCUUCCGCCCUACCACCGACGUGCUGCCUCCGUCGCCGCGAGGCCCGUUCUUCCUUGUCGAUGACGAUUCACCCUCGAAAUUCGUCUCGUGUAGCGCGGGGUGUUGCCUUCAACAUUCGCCGCGAAGACUGCGAGAGGCCCCGGAAGAAAGUCUACACUUCGCGGCUUCCUUCGAUUGUGCAUCAGACGCGGGAAACCAUGGGCUCGAUGCUGACGACCAGAGCACGCCGCGAGGACUCUGUCGUGCGUCUGCCUUUGGCCUAUCUCUCCCUUUCUCCUCGUCGGCCACGAGGCGCCUCCCACACCCCCCAGACCGGCUAGGUUCGGAGUCAAGAAACAGCUACUCUCGCGGCGCAACCCACCCGCUUCUUCCCUCAUCUCAACCGUACUCCGGAGAUACUUUAGAAGACGAGGCAAGACGAGUCUGUCGCGGCUGCUGUCGCAGCGCCAGAAAGCGAGACGGGCGACACGAUUUCGAAUUUUCUGAUCAGCGCCAUGCCGGCUGCGGCCUCGAGGGUCGCGAGCGUUCUUUGGAGACGCGCGAUUGCCGUGACCAGGGGCGCUACUCGCGAGAAGGCAACCGACAAAACGUGCAAGCCUUUCUUGGAUCGGGUGGCACAUACAACGUCCUGCAUAAGUGGAGAUACACUCAUGGCUACUUGGAUUUCAUCUUGAACGACAGAUUUCACGUCAUUCUCUCCAUGAAAUGGGCGCAUCUUGUUUUCCUCGUUUUCGCCGUCGUUGUCGGUUGGGCUGCAUUCCUCGCACUUAUUCUGGCGGUCUUGACAGGAGGCGCGAUUCAGCGGUGUCUAGGCCCGGACGCUGCCAAUGUGCUGGACUAUUACUUCUUCGUGAUCGAGACGAUGUUUGCCAUAGGCUAUGGGAGCCCCCGGGCACCCACUUGUCAAACGACGAGUUUGUUUGUCACUCCGACGGCCGUUUCUGGCAUUCUUAUCAACUCUGUCGUCCUCGGGGUUGUCUUUCAGAAGUUCUCCGCAGCCUCCAAGCGCAAGUGGGCACUGGCCUUCUCCAACUGUCUCGUUGGCCAACCAAGCUUCCCAGUGCCUUCCCACCUGGUGAUCAAUUCUUCGGUGUCCCUUGAGAAGGAACCGCACCUCCCCCCGCGAGAGAUGGUCUACGGAUGCUGCGCCAGCGUCCACGAUGGGGGGAAUCCAGGAUUAGAGGCCGAGCAAGAUUGUGAGAACGGUGACCCUGGUCUAAGAUGCAGACAGGAGUCGGCGUCGACGGGAGAUGUGUGUGGGGAGACAGCCGAGAGAACGCAGUCGUCCGAAGGGGAAGGCCCUUCAACAACAAGGGACGCGCAAGAAAUGCUGGAGCUGAAUCGGCGGAUCGACGUUGCAAUCGAAAGCAGCCAGUCAGAGGCGGACGGAAACGAGGCUGCUCCCGCUUCUCACAGACGCACGCGGAGGUCCCGGACUGACGAGCAGAAAAGCGACGGAUCCGAUGCUUCCCCAGGCUCCGCCUCUCCUUGUUGCCGGACAGGAGCGACAAGUGAGCAAGACGGGGAGGCACAUCGAGACACGCGGCAGGAGACUUUCGCUGCGGUCGGCGUCUUUGCGUGUCGCGGGGGACAUAGGGACCUGACGGCAACGGGCCUGAGCCAGACGGAUUCCUGUUCGUACGACGUCAACGGCGAGCGAGAAGAAGCCGAGGGGUUUGGGUUCGACGCAAGCGAAGAUCGCCAACCGUGCUCGCGGGCGCGAGAAGAAACGUCACUGAAAUCGGCAUUGACUGCUCCAUCCAUAAGCGGUCACCUCAGCUCCUUCGGGCCGCAGGACCUGCCUCACUCUCUCUGUCGUGCUCCCUCCUCAUCGACGUGGCAACACUACCGUCUGUCGUUUCGAGUGAUCAACGUGACGCAUCACUCCUUCUUCAAUCCUAAACUAUGUCUCUAUCUCUUAAAACACAGUGACCGAGGCCUGCGCAUCCGACAAUUUCCCACGUUCCGCACGGACACCCCUCUUGAAUUCCUUGAGAUGCCCAUUACGGUCACGGUAGACACCUGCGAUCGAGACUGUCCUCUCCGAGAGGUGACAGCAGACGAGCUACGGCACGAUGGCAAUGCGUACGAGAUCCUCUCGCUGCUGUCCUUUACUGACAAUCACACGUCGCGGCCUGUCGAAAUUCGAAAAAGCUGGAGUCUACGGUCCAUUAAAUGGGGAGAAAAGUUCACCCCUAUUGUCCGGCCUCCGUCAGCGUUGACGGUUUCUGCUGGUGGCUACGAAGUAGAUGUAGACGCUUUGAGCACAACCGAGCGGGCGCAGUUGUGCUAGGUUGAAGGGCUACGCAAAGCAAACAUGAGGCACUCUUCUGCGAAAGAUGCGCUACACGUUUGCCUUCGACCUGCCGCUGUCUUUCUCCUGGAAUUAUUCCCAGCAUAACAGGUUCCAUGAUUUUCAGUUGCUCGGGUCAUCUAAUACAGGAGCGGUAGCGAAAAUGGCGACAAAGAAGGAAGAUGGAAAGGACAAGACUGACAAAGCGAUUUUGAGCGCAAGAGCGUCACGAAUGUUGGGGGGGCAGUUCGAGCGUUCAAAUCGCAUCCCAUUGCGGUCUGCAUAUAGACGCAUCGCGUAGCGUGGCGAGCAUACACGUUCCUGAAGCUGAAGGGUUGCAGACAUCGCCAGAGCAGCACUAUGCGACGAGCAUUGUACGCAUGUCCAGGCAUCGCCUCCCAAGAAACGAAUUGUAGUUGAACAACGCUUCCAAAAAGUCACGUCAAUGAAUGCUAUGCUAUCUCUUUGCACGGCGCACACUGCGAACUCCCAGAGAUAGCCGCGUGACAAACAAACAUGCAUGGUAACAAAGCUGAAGCCGUUCACCACACCGAGCACUGAUCCCACAAUUGUGGUGCGGCGGCUUUCGAUUUCCAGUGUGAGUGAGACUCACGUGCAACAGCGUUUGCCCUGCACAUACGGGUGCUUGAGAGAUAUGCUCUUCCGGUAAAGAAUAAAAAUCUAGGUCCAGCCAGGUAUCACAGUAUCCCAGGUCGGCACACUGAUUCCUGUCCAUAUACGACUUCAAUCGUAACUGUUUUUCGCCCGCCGAAAGGAGACUCUACGUCCACUGGCGGUCUGCUUUGGGUUUGCCAACGUGUGGCGAGGAAACAAUACUAAGGCGCGAACAGCGUUCGUGAAGCUGUUAGAGCCACAAGCAUUGCCAUGACAGAGACGUGAGAAACAAAAUGACCGAUCUGGACGCCCUGUCCUUACUCUGACAGGUGACCGUCACAUUCGAGCCACGGUCUGCUCCAGACCCUCACCGUUUGUCUCCUCUCGAAUUUCCUGUAUUUCGCGGGCCACUACAGACUUUACCUACGCUGUGGCUGUCAAAUGAGUCGUCCACUAUUUGCUAUUUAAUUACCUCUCGGGCUGCUGCGCCUGUGCGCUCUGCCCUGUUGUGUCGCCCCUUGCUGUCGCUCGGAGCGACAACGACUCACUUCCAAUAAGACGUGCAUGCGAUGCCUGGCCAGUUAUUCCACAGCCUAUCGAGUCCUGGUGGACGCCAGCCCGGCACGUGCUGCGACGGGGGCGUCCUGACGAGAACAAAACUUCGCAUUAGUCAACUCUCUCAGAGCUCGAGGUCCCACUGGGCUCGGCCGAGUCUGCAGUGAACGCCGAGGGCGACAAUGUCCCAGCUGAAAUGCCACCACGCUCCCGCAGUGGCCCACUUGAUUGCGGCGGCGAUGGCGCAAUCGUCAGCGGAUGGAAUGUAGCAACAUGUAGCCGUCCCGUUCGAUGUCGUCGGAACACUCCUCGUUCCUGAAGUCCGAGAUACCCCGGGUGUGAUGCCACACUACCCGGUACGUCCGAUCCGCUGACUGCACUCACUGUCCCCACAUCUCGGAACGAAGGCAUGGCAUCCCCUAACGUGACGUGUCUGCUACUCGUCCCUGCAGAAACCCCGCUGUAUGAACGAGAACCUCUACUGCCUGCAGCGGCUUUAGAGGAAGCUUUCUCACGCCCAGCACUUCCACUGGUGAGUCUCGAACGGCCUCGCUCAACAGCGGACCCGUGCGACUGAACUCCCCGUACGUCCCGGCCGGGGGAUCCGAAAUGGGAAAAGGAUGCCGAGCUCUCGGAUGUCUCAGAGGCCAGUUCCGUGGCCAGCGUUUGAAGUUCCAACUCCAGUUCCACAGGCCACCACUCCAUCGCAACAUCAGAAGUAGGAACAUAUCUCACGCUACUCUCGUCGGGUGCAGGAAACUGCGGAAUUGCCUGUACGGAG